AUGGACAAUAGGGCUUUUGGAAGAAUAUUCUCAAGAGGUUUGGUCCCAAACUUUACUGAGGUGCCCGGAAAGGUCAGCGCGUACCUCCGGGUGAGAGGCCGUGGCAAGCAGCUCUACGCUUGCAAUGCUGCGUCCAAGUCCUGGGAGUUCGACGUUGCUUGGGCGGAUUUGUUCUACACCUCGGACAAGAACUAUACGCGGCGAAUUGGAGUCCACUAUUUCCUCCAGUUUCCAGAUGCCAAAGGUGGACGACCGUCCUGGUCGCUGUUUAGAAAUCCUGGAGAUCCAGACUCUGCGACUCCAUCGCUCACAGUCACAGGCAAAGUGCUGGACAAAACUCCAUCAGCCGGAAACAUCGAUGCACUGCUCCUCCAAGUUACUUCUUUCAGUGGACACACAGGCAUUUCUUAUAUCCAGCGAUAUCCAGUGAGUGGAGGAGUGGCUCCUGCGGCCAACCUUUGCACCAAAGCGGGAGACACUCUAGCCGUGGACUACGAGAGCGAGUACGCAUUCUUCACCCAGCUCAGGAGGCCUGCCGCUUCGGGCCUUUCAAACGCAACAAGCAACAGUACCAAGGUCGUGGCAUCCUACUUUGGCGAGGGAUACCAGCUCUACACUUACGAGAAUUCUUCCUGGGUUCUAAAGGGAGCCUCGGCCUCCCUGAGCUCUGUUCCCGGAGGAGAGAUUGUUGGGAGUCACUAUUUCCUUCCUCGAGCUGAUGCGAGCGGCGGACAGCCGACUUGGACCAUCUACUCUCCGACUUACAGUCGUGUGACUGGCAAAGUGACCGAGAAAGUUUCAAACGACAACUCGAGUGUUCCGGUGCUUCGUCUAGAGAGGACCAGCAGCAGCGGAGAGCCGUAA